AAAUGAACAACGAUUUAUGUGAAUCUAUUGUUAGUCAUGCAAAUCAAAUUUUUUAAUCAAUAGCUAAUCUAAAUGGAUAAUUGAAUGAAAAUGGCAGCAUUAGUAAUUUAUUAUUUGAUUAUUAAAUAGCUAACAACAAUCCUACAACAUCUAACACGUCAUCUACAAUGGGAUUAGCAUUCAUUAUGUUCUUAUUAUUUACUGCAUAUGCAUUGCUGUCUAUUUUCUCACCUCAUAGAUAGCCAAUUAUGCAAAAAGGCAAUAUUUAACAUUAACAGAAUAAUCAUCAUCAUGAUGAUGAAUGAUUGACUAUUGAACUCUUUUUUUAUAUGAC